AUGGCCGAACUAGACGAGGCCAAGAACGACGCACUGGCCUGUGCCUGCGCUGGCACGGCGCUGGGCAGCAAAGGCAAAUGGGGCCGCGGCCACGGUCCCUGCGUCUCUGGCUCAUGGAGUGCCGAGUGCAACAUCCUCCUCUUCCUGCUCCAGAAAAAAGGCCGGGUGGUGCCCGGCGGCCAGUCGCCGGACGGGCAGCGCCGCUCCGUGCCUGGCAGCCCUGGCGGCAGCCCCAGCGGCGGCCUCUCGCUGAUGCCGCCCGCGGCGCACAGGGCGCGCGCCGGGCAGGCGCGCUGUGAGGUGCACCUGGCCGUGCCCCCGCCCCUGCCCCGGCCGCACCUCUCCCUGCUGCCCUCUUCGGGGUGCCCCGCCGGGGAGCCCCAGCUCCCCUCUGCAGCAUCCCUGGGCCUCGCCGCCUCCCCAUCCCUGGGCCUCGCCGCCUCCCCUGCUCGUCACCCGCUGGCCGUGCCCACCGCCGCCGCCGCCGCGUCCCGGCCGGGGUCCAACGCUGGCGCAGUCGGCAUUAGCCCGGAGCUCUCCGCGGGGAAGGCGGGCAAGAUGCUGCGGGCGGCCAGGAGCACCAUGGCCGCGCAGAAGGCGCUCCGCAGCAUGCAGCAGGGCAUGUACAAG